AUGCGGUGCUACAAGGGUUUCAACCCAUGGAAAUCAACAGUGAAAUCAACGCUGGUCUGGGUUCAGCUACCUGACCUCCCAAUAGAGUUCAUAAAUAAGGAGGCAACUAUGAAGAUAGGAGCGGUCAUUGGAAAACCUGUUCGGGUUGAUAGAGCAACCGAAAUGGGGGCGCGUGGAAACUAUGCUCGAGUGUGUGUGGAAGUGGAACUAACAAAACCUCUAUUAGGGCGAUAUAAAGUGGAGGGAAUUGAGUACCUCGUGCAGGACGAAGGGCUUGAUAAUAUUUGUAUGGACUGUGGGCAAUAUGGAAGUUCAAACAGUAAUUGUUCAUGUCAGAAAUUGGAUGAGAAGGAUGAGUCAAAAACAGUUGAGAUGGUUCCGGAGGCACAAGAGGAAGAUCAACCACAGGCGCCGAGCUAUGGACCCUGGAUGAUGGUUAAAAGAAAGGAAAGAAGGCAUGUAAGGAGGGGGAAACCAAAUGAUGAUAAGGGUGUGAAUACGAAAGAGCCACUACAUGCAAGAGAGGGGCCAUGCAGGACCCUAAAGAUAGUGGACACAAGGAACCUAAUAAUGGUAAGAGACAAACCAACGAGUCCAAUGACAAGCAGAAGGAGAACAAGCAGGACGAUCUUGUCCAUGGAGCUCAGGGGAGUACGAAGAAGGACAAGGAUGGUAAAGUGA